ACAUUUGUAAGAUUCUUUUAACGCAGUAACCUUUCGAUGGAAAAAAGAAGGUCGUAAUCGUCGUGAAGCAACUUUUGAAGAAAAAUGGAAGAUUACGCGAGAGAUCCAUGUCCAUGGAGAAUCAUGGAUGACUGUGGGGGAGCCUUCUCCAUUGGUAUUAUUGGCGGCUCAAUAUUCCACGGAUUCUCGGGAUAUAGAAAUGCUGCAAAAAUACCGGGCAAAUGGAACAGGCUUACUGGGAUGGCACACAAUAUUAGGACUAAAUCUCCAAUCACUGGAGGUAACUUUGCAAUAUGGGGAGGUUUAUUUUCCGGAAUUGACUGCUUGUUGGUUUACUUUCGAGGAAAGGAAGACUAUAUCAACUCAAUUGUCAGCGGGGCUGCCACAGGGGGGAUUCUUUCUGUACGAAAUGGACCGUAUCAGAUGAUGGCAUCAGCUGCUAUAGGUGGUUUAUUGCUGGGUAUGAUUGAAGGAGUCGGUAUCUUCAUUACCUACAUAACAGCUUCCCAGUUUGAUCCUGCCAACAGACAAAUGAUGGAGGAUCCCAAUCAACUCCCUGACAAACCAGUAGGAAAUACAAAUAUGUACGGAAUGGCUUCCUAUCAAUGAUGUUCUUCAAUGUAGGCGUUAUAGAGAAUGUGAUAAUGACUGCUUUCUGCUCAAUGUCAUCCUCUUGAGCAGAUAUUAACCUCAUGGAUAGGCAUUUACUUUCCAGGACAGAUGCUGCUCUCAUGUAUAUAGCCCUUAUGGAUAGAUAUCACUCUUGUGGGUUAUGUUUAUGAAUACAGAAAUGAUGUACAUAGGUAUCACACUAAAAGAGAGGUAUCACCUUCAUAGAGAGGAAACGCUGUGGUAGAAAGAUAUCACGGUCAUGGACACUUCAUUGUGCCAAGCAGUUGAUACAGAACAGUGUGAAAUUAUGAAUGCCUCGUACGAUCUGUGGUUUCCGUGGUUCAAAUUAUACUGUGUGAGUGCUUCAUGAUGCAAGUGUUUGUUGUGUGUUAGAGGUCAUUGUGGUGGUGCCCUGUCCCGUGCACUGUGGUUAAUUACGUUACAGCAGCUGCUGGCAUAUGUCAGCGAGCAUUAACAAAUAUUUAUUGAUUUCGUUUACUUGGAAAUGAAAAGUCUGCCUUCAUAAAUUCUUUUUGUCUAAUCAAAAUGAUGAAAUAUUGCAUUAUAUUAGUGGCAAUUAAAUUAGUGUUUUAAUCAGGAUUAUGAAAUAUGACCUUUCUGGCUUUCAGCAAUCAUUGAAUUCAACCCAGGACAUCACUUGAUAUCUGACUCUGAAGGGGUAACUUGGGAUGAACAUGCUUUUUACAGAUCUGAAAUAUUACUUAUCCUGGUGGUAACUCAGACUUCCUUGGUGAUCACGCUGGAAACUUCGAAACGUUCUGUUUUUGGGUUGGGUGGGCUUGUAUGUGGAGUCUAGGUCAUAUCUCAAAUAAUACUUUUAAAAGUUGCUAAGAAAAGCAAUAACCAAAGUUCUGAUUGCGAAUUUAUGUUUCAACAUUAAGUUCAGUGCAGCAUUGUGAAUUUGAGUCAGCACUGUAAUACCUACAAGUGUAUUUCACUAUAAAUACAUGUUUUUAUGUUUAAUUUGCAUAGGGCCUCGGUAACACAAUUUUGUUUUUGUGAAUUUAAAUUCCUAUGAAUUAAUUGUUGAUCAAACAAUUGUAUAAAUAACUAGUGGCGGAAAUUGAACAAUUUCUCUACAGAAUUAGAACUGUUCAGAUAUCGAGAAAGCAUAUAAAUAAUAUUACGGGUACCGACAUAAAGAUCCCCUGACAUCAUGUGUAUGAUGCAUGGAUUUCAAUGUUUUUAUGUAUUUUUACGUAAGUUUAUGCCAUGGUGAGAGUUUUGAGUUUGUUACCACCUCUACAAUGUAAAUGUGUGUUUGUGUGUAGAGUUUGUUUGUGUGUAGCGUUUGUUAAAAGACUUGAGUGUGUAGUAAGAGAGUUGUAUAAGUUCAUCUUUAGUAUAUAUAUGUAUUACAUACACAGCUGAUUAAUCUGUGUUAAUUUUAUGGUGAACAUUGUUUUAUUAACGGUUGUUACUGAGCUAUUACACAUUCACAUCAUUUUUUGUCUAUUUCAUUGAUAUUGUGUUAUUUAACAGUGAUAUUUGACUGUCAAUGUCACUGAUAUUUGACUGUCGGUGACAUUGAACAGUCGAGGUCACAACAUCAUUUAUUCUUGUAAUAGCACAUUUUACAAGAUUUAAUUCACGUUUAACUCAUCAAAGUCGGAUAGUCCUGAUGAAAGCUUUGUUCUAAGAUUUCACGUACACAGUUAAAAAUGGUAAUAAACUAGAUAAAACUUGAUUGAUUUAAUAUUCAUCUUGUUUGACAAUGUCUUUAAUAUAAUACGUUAUAUACAAAGUCUUACCAAGAUGGUUGUAUGGAAUUGUGUUAAAUCUCUUUACAGUACCGUACACAUGCAGUAGGUUACUACCAAACAAUGACAUUCUGCUUGUGUGUACUGGAAGUCAUUGUGUUUAACUUUUGCCCUCCAUAAUGAGGAACAAAUUAUCAUGUCUUUAAAUAUAAGCACGCAACAUACUUCAUGUAUUUAUAACAAUUCCUAUGGCUAGAAUGGAUGGGUACUACUGUUGUCAUACACAUGUGACUUCUGUCCACUCAUGAAGUUGACAUACCUAUAUGGAAUUACUGUGGAGAUAUGAUGUAAAAGAGUACCUGUUUGAUAUAUAUAUGGCUGUUUGAUAUGUAAAGUUUGACAAAAAAUAAAAAUAGGAAAGGACUAAA